ACACGGACUGAAGGAUCACAAUCCAUGAUUUCGUGGCACGACUUGAAAACGAGGCGCAUGUUUGAGACUUAAUAAUUCGCUAACCACGCCACAAAAUUGUCUGACAUAAAAAAGAAGAUAUGUUGAAUUCACAUUUAUUUAGAACCCAUUGAAAGAAAUCACUUUGAAACAUACGUACAAGAGGAAGUCCGAGUCGAAAAUAUGUAUCCUGUUUAUACGUUGCGAAAAGGUGAUUCAAACAUGGCGUCCACGUUUCCACACUACGUCGUGACACGAUCCAUCGAAAACGAAAAUCCAAAUUUCAUCCCGAUUGCAUGACAUUUUCGAUACACUAUGCACUCUAAAUUGUAGACAUCUACCUCAAAAUGAAUGUUUGUGUUUUUCAGAUUUUUAUAAAAAAAUCGAACACUGUAAAUUGCAAUAAAAAGUUGCCUGCAAAUGCCAUUAUCGUCGUUUAACCAGUUUCGUGAUUUUUUUUUUUUAUAAAUUUUGACAGAUGAUGACAACGCAAAACGACUUGCAGCAGUAUUUGCUGCAACUGGUCGUGGACGGCGGCCAAACAUUCCUGAAGUGGAGCCUUCACAUCAAUUGUUACUUCAGAUAUACUGCAUAAAGAUGCGACACCAAAAGUCGUGGACAGAUGUUGUUGCAUGGAUGGGCAAGCUUUUUCCUGACUACCCAUCUUCAAAAUGCCGACAUUUAGUAGAGACCACAGUCAACCGUGUCCUUCGUCAUGAGUCAGCCAGUCGUCAGGAUUUCUAUAAGGAGCCAGUUGAUCUCAACUUCAUAGGGCCAAUGUGUGCAGCAGCAGACAUCACUCGUAAAACCUUCAACCAGCCACCAGUUUUGAGGAGCUCUCCGCUGACAAGAGGGAUUCUGUUAGAGCUUGGGAGUUGCUACGGCGGAGAUUGUUUUUCAGCCAUCUGCCACAUCUAUGGAGGAAAGUACAACAGAAGGACAGUCAGUACAGAACUGAAAAGAACAAAAACAGUUUACACUAAACUUAACAAAUCUAAAUCUAGGAGUAAUUCUGCACAUACCUUCUUGAGUGAGGCAGUUAGUCCGGAUAUUGAUGAGCAAGCUGGAACCAGUAGAAGUAGUAGUGGUACUAAAAGUAGCAGUAAUAGUAGUGUACAUGUAAGUAGUACUGAAAAUGUAGUGAAAGAAAGUGUCAAACCAACUGCAACUACAUGUAAACUUGAGAAACUAACGCGUAAGACAGACAGCAAGCUUAAAGAUCAAAGUGCAGAGAUUAAAACCUUGCAGGAAAAAGAAGCUGUUCUGACCGAUCUUUGUAGGGAAAAAUCUGAACAUAUCCGCCACUUAGAAAAUCUGCAAGGUGCCCUCAAAAAGACUGUAGAUCAUAAAUCUGCUAAAGUGGCCAAACUGGAGAACCAGAUGGAGGUCCUGAAAACACAACUUCAUGAGAAGAGUGAAAUGAUAACUCGGUUGAAAUCCACAACUCUAUAUCAGAAACUGAGACGAAGGAACCAUUACAUCAGCCAGAAAGAGAAACGCAUAAAACUAGAAGCCAAGAAAGAGGAAGACAUGAGAAAGAAAGUGAAGAGACUACAACAGAAGUGCAGAGUCCAAAAAAAAAGAUAGCAAGUAUGAAAACUAGUAAAAGA